AUGAACCCACCAGCGUCGCGCCUGCGUCUUGUAAACGCAGAGACCACGAAGCCUAUUCCUAGUAGUCAGACUUUAUCUUCUUUGAGCUACUCCGCAGUUGUGACUGGGUCGACAACGAACCUAGCCUACCUGAAGAGUUUUCCAGAGCUCCAACGCCCUCAAGAAGAAAAUGAGAGCUUCCCCAUGCUUGUCCAGAAUAUUUUCAACCAAUCCUUGAUCACGCGAUCACAGCCUGCAAGAGCAACUCGGACAGUACAACGAACCAAAGAGCUCAAGAAGCUCUCCACGUGGAUGCCCGACGCGUCGUCUCAACAGCAGACCGCCGUCCCUCCGUCGCCGUAUGGCCAGGCGACCUCCAAGGGCAUUCUGCGCAUCGAGGAUGCAGCUACAGAGGCUGCGGUCUUUGGAACGUUACUAUCAAUGGACCCAAGCGCAUGGGACCUGACCGAGAUGCACGCCCAUGGGUCCAAAAUUGAAGAUUUUGACGAGGGAAUGGUCAUAAAUUUCAUCAUAAUUAGAGUAUGCACAGACCCAAGCCUCAAGGCCGGGGACCCAGGUGUCAUCUGGACAGAUGAAAGUCUGAUGCUUUUCAAGCAGCGUUUCGGCCUGAUACUCCAGAAGUUGGGGAAUAUCAUGGACAUCAUUCCAUUGUACACCCAUAGGGCCCAGGGGAUUGGCCAUCUGGCUCCAUCGACAUGGAUCAAGUACGCAUGUCUAGGUAUGGAGGGAAAGACUACAAGUUCCGACUACGACCGCUACGCCCCGGGACCCCGCUUGAUCCUAGAUGGACACUUGUCCUUCGAUUUGAAGAAGAACUCUUAUGCCAGAGUUUCGGAAAAGUAUAAGAUUGACUUCGGUAGGAAGACUCCGCUCAAUGGCAAAGAAGAAGUGAUGGGCCGCCUCACUGAGGAGCCUUUUGCUGAGUUGAAGCGCCGUUGCGGGUGUGAAGAAGUGUUCUCCCGGAGGCUAAAGAGGGCUUAUAGGCAACGUUUCUAGCGUGAUGAUGAUAUUAGCCAGCUUGUACGCUUUAUGUGUCGUUUGAGACAUGUUUGGUAUCAAGAUUAGAUUGUUUGGUGAUUAGAUGUGUUUUCCUUCCGGCCAUAGCUACAGGCUGUUUCAAGGCAUUUGCAAGUACCGUUCUUUAGCUACGAGAGGGUUCCGUCAUUGAGGGCAAAGUUUAGCGUCGAUGUUGGUGUCUUGGAAGACUUUUUUUUUUUAGAUACCCUCG